CCUCUAUAAAACAACAUUAAGGUGAACCUUGGCAUGCAAGCACUUCUUUGAAGAAGCUGAACCUUAUUUGAAACUGUCAAUCCUGUGUAGUUAUCCAGACAUGAGCUGUCUCAAGAACAUGUGCAUUCUGAUCUUUGUAAUGCUGCUAAUAAGCGGCAAUGAGGUUAUGGCCGCACGCCUUCUUGUAGACACAGUGCUGCCGGAGGUUCCUGAGCUUCCGAAGCCAGAAGCACUGCCUCUUCCUAAAGUCCCAAACUUGCCUAAACCUGAACUGCCACUACCUAAGGUCGAACUUCCUCCUCUUCCUCACCUCCCAAGUGUACCAAAGCCAGAGUUUCCAAGUGUGCCCCACGUGGCAAAGCCCGAAUUGCCUACUUUGCCAAAGCCGGAGCUGCCAAAACUGCCCGAAUUGCCAACUCUGCCCCAUCUCCCAGAUCUGCCAAAGCCGACAUUGCCUACCAUCCCAAGCUUCCCAAAGGACAUACCCCACUCAACUACUACACCUUAAGUUUCCAUGCUUAGCACUCAAAAUCACAUCAUAUACUAUACAUCUCGGGUUAUGGCAUCCAUUCGGUCGAUUCGUUUGUGUAACUUUCUUUGUGUUUGUUGAAAUACUUCGGGUUUGUCUUGUACUAUUGUUUACCUUAUCAAAAAGAUGUGUAAUAUAUACCCAUCUUCAUACUAAAGCUCGCUCGUGAGUUAAUCUACUUCGUUUCAUAGUUGACUGGCUUCGAAUAUAUAAAAAUAAAAUAUCUGUUGUUUGGGGUGGCCUCUGAGAACUAAAAACAUAA